AGGUUAACCACACUCUCUUUCUUUAUGCAUAAGUCUGGUUUAAGUCGUUUGAUUGCGAUCGCUUCGACAAAUCGUAGUAAAUUUGCUGUCCUUCGUCUAUUUAAUAUUAAUAACCACCAUACGUUGCAGGUGAUUGGAUGUUGAAAAAGGUGGUAAAUUGAAUUUCUAGUUUAUCGCAAGCCCAUACUUGUCAACAUGGUAGAGUACGUAAAUAGCCUACAUAUAAUAAACAUCAGUAUCACAUUAAAUGAUAUCAAGUGGUUGGAGAAGGCAAAAUGAAAUGAACAUUUAAAUAACAAAAAUACGAAAAUCUGACAAACUGAAGCAAUGAUGUACAGUCCAGAAGAUCGUCGUUCAAACUCCGCAAAUAUCUUCCUUGGUAAUAAUUGUUCAUCUCUUCUAUCCAGAUCGAACCAAUCUCUACCAACCUCACCCACUGUGUUAACUGAACAGAUGAAAAGCUUUACGACGCCAACAGAGUAUUCAGAUAGCAGUAAUAAUAGUAGCUAUGGUACUAGCUCAUGGAAUAUUGUCAUUCAAUCAAGUAAUUGUAAUAAAUCUAUGAAAAGUGAAACAAACUUACUUACUUCAAAAAAUAAACAAAAUCCUGGAAGUAAUGAAACUGACCAUUCGUGCAGUCCACAAAUAUCUGAUCAAAUAACAGCUGAAGAAAAAAAUUGUUUUUCAAGAGUAUUAUCUAGUAGUCAAACAAUAGAAACAUUUAGUUCUACGAAGACAAGUUCUUUUACCCAGUCGCCACGUUCAUUAACAUCUUCAUUAUCGACUAUAUCAAUACUUCCAUCAUCUUAUGAUAUGAAUAAGAAACCGGCUGUUUGUGAUGUAGAAAAGACUGAAGGUAUUCAGAGAUUACAUUUUCCAUGGUCUCCAUCAGUUUCUUCAUUUUCACACAAGUUGAAUAAAUCGUUUCCAGAAAAUGGAGGGAAAUUCACCUCUAAAUUAUUCAAAGAAUGGCAAAAUGAAUCCACCAAUACCUCAUCAGAUGAUGAUGAUGAUAAUGAAGAGCAAUGUAUGGAUGAUACUUCAUUAUCUCUAGACAGUGAUGAACAGUUAGUUCACCAAACAAAUGCUUUAAUCAGAGAGGUGUCCAGAUGUUAUUCUCUGUCAAGCAUUAACUUCACUUCUUCUUCUUCUUCAUCAGAAGAAUUUGCCAGCCCUAAGAUUGUCUGUAUCAAAAGCCAGUGGAAAAUGAGUACCAAGUGUUUGAAAUAUGUUGGUGAAAACGCAUACAUGGAGGAAAUGGAAAAUUUGAUGAAAUCAAAGUCAGAUUAUUAUCCAUAUUCUGUUUGUAUUUGUGCGCGAGAGAAUAAAUAUGGACAAAAAAAGUUUCAGAGUAUUUGUGAAACGAAUCAACCUUCCCUAUGGUUAUUGUCAUAUCUAUACAAUAACGAAUAUGACAUUCGCUACUCAGACGGCAAACAACCAUUACCUCACUAUCCGAAUGACCAGGCUGAUAAUUCAGAUGAAAUAAAAUAUGAAUUUACCUACUCUAGCUUCCCACCAGUUAUAGUCAGAUGCAAGAAACAGGAAUAUCGACCGAGUGAUUCUUCUUUACAGAAAGAGAGUGAUAGUUUGUUUAAUAAUACAGAUACAGAUAAUGAAAUUAGUUCACAGUGUUUAUCGCCUGAAACAACUGAAAUAUCAAACAGAAUAUUUAUUGGUGACAAAAGCGUUUAUGAGAAACUCACUGUACUUGAUCUCGAACAGUAUACGGCUUCUACUGCUGCUACUACUACUACGACGACUAAUAAAGAAAUUCAAAAGCAAUUAAGAACAAAACUACCAAAUGCUUCAUUAGAGGCGUAUCUUCCGGGUAGUUCAACAUCACACCUACUUAUGAAGACUUUAUUACAAACUCGUCAUGUCCUCCAAUUUAUAAACUUAGAGCCCAAUGUUCAGGAAGAGGAAAAGCAUAAAUUUAUAUCAAAUGAUUCCGCGACAAGAGAACAGCAUAAGCAAGAAGAAAUAAAGCAUAAGCCUAAGGAGUACGAUGCAAAACCCAAACAUCCUGAUGAAAAUAACUUGGAAAAAGAACUGAGCAAAUUUUGUCAUGAAUGCAGAGAAGAGUAUGCAAGUCAAACUGCCAAGUUUUGUUAUAACUGUGGUACUUAUCGAUUCCCAACGAAACCAAAACUGUCAUUCACAGGCGAUGACACAUUCAACAGACAAUGGACACAAGGAAAUCUUAUUCAAUCAAAGUGUAUUAUUCAGUGAUGACAAAACAUCAACUUGGUUUUAAAUAUAUACAC